UCAAGUAUAGGCAGCUUUUUUCUCGAGUGUGGCGGCGCGUGAGACGGAAGCGCCGCACAUCCAUCGUCGCCUUCUUCCUUGCCUCAACAACUCAUCUGUGUCAUCAGUCUCUCCCUCGGCACGAGACUUCGGGUCCACUCACCAUCAACACGCAACUUCUAUCACCUUCGUCUCAACUUCAAGAUCCACUCUCGGUUAGCUCAAAGAUCCACUCUCGCCAUGCCAACAUCCCGGGGUACAAGGGCUAUAUGGUGUUACACAUAUGAGAAAGGACUUGUGGACAUACUGAAAGAGCAUGCUGAUAUCCCAAUGUACAAAGCACAAAAUGGUUGGACAACAGAGGGUUGGGUAAAUAUUACCAAACAGUUCAAUGAAACAUUUCCUUUGGCUUAUUUUACAAAACAACAAAUACAAAAUAAGGAAAAGGAGUUGAAAGGGAACUAUAAGAUAAUACAAGAUGUCUUGAAAAUUAAUGGUGUUAGUUGGAAUAAGUCAUUAGGCAUGAUUAUUGCUGAACCAAAGAUUUGGCAUGAAGUGAUCAAGGGGAAUGCCAAAGUUAGCAAGUUCAAAAAGAAGCCAUUUCUUCUAUAUGAAUACAUGUCAUCAUUAUAUGCAGGAAGUACCACUGAUGGAGAUUUGAAUUUGACGUCAACUGAGCCUCCUAACAAAAGAGCUGGACCUCUAACUAAAAGAAGUCACUCUAAACAAAGUACACAGAACACAGUUGUUGUUCCUGAUUCUAAUGGCAUCAAUUUUGCUGGUAAUGGUACCAAUCCUUUUCCUCAAAUCAUGGGCUUAGAAAUGAAAUCUGCACCAUCCAAUCUCAAUCAAGAGGAACAAGAAGACGCUAGCGGAAAAAAACGCAAGCAAACUCAAACGACGGCUAAACUUGUCGAACUCUUAGAGUUUAGAAAGAACCAUAUAGAGAAAAGUAUGAAAGAGAAGAAGGAAAAAGAAGAUGAUUAUUGUGUGGAGAAGUGCAUUGAUGUUGUGGAUAGCAUGAAAGAUCUAACUGAUGAGCAGAAGGCAGAUGCUAACGAGCUCUUCCAAUCUGAGAUGAAUCGACGGAUAUUUAUGAAGACUAAAAAUCUAAAUGUUCGACUAAUUUGGUUAAAGAAAAAAAUUUCACAGAACCAGUGAGAGAUAAGGAACAGAAAGAAGAGAAGGAACACAUGUGGGAUGGAAGGCCUUUGGCAAAUAAAACAUAUGCGAUAUGCCUUCAUUGCUAAUUAAUGAAUUUCUUAUCAUUUAGGAUCAAUUAUAUGCAUUAACAUUUAAUUGUCUAAUUUCAUAUUUUGGGUCCGAAGAUGGAUAUUUUCGUCUAAAAUUUAGAAACAAUCAUGUACUUUGCUAUGUGUGGCCACACACAUAAUACUUGGUGUCAUUAUUGAUCCUAUAGACAUAAAUUAUGAGCAUUAUUUAGUAUCUCAAUCUAUGGAUUGAUAGAACACAAUUGCUAUUUUUAAUGACUUAUUUGGAUUUCCCACUA